GCCAAGAUGGAGGAGUACGCGCGCGAGCCCUGCCCCUGGAGGAUAGUAGAUGACUGUGGAGGUGCUUUCACCAUGGGAGCCAUAGGAGGUGGCAUCUUCCAGGCCAUCAAGGGGUUCAGAAAUUCCCCAGUGGGGGUGAACCAUCGGCUGCGGGGCAGUCUGACAGCCAUCAGAACCAGAGCUCCCCAGCUGGGAGGUAGCUUUGCUGUCUGGGGAGGUCUCUUCUCCAUGAUUGACUGCAGCAUGGUCAGAAUGAGAGGGAAGGAAGAUCCCUGGAAUUCCAUCACCAGUGGAGCUCUGACUGGAGCCAUUUUAGCUGCAAGAAAUGGGCCUGUGGCCAUGGUGGGCUCUGCUGCCAUGGGGGGCAUCCUGCUGGCACUCAUCGAGGGAGCUGGCAUCCUGCUGACCAGGUUUGCCUCUGCCCAGUUCCCCAACGGCCCCCAGUUGUCAGAAGACCCCUCCCAGCUGCAGCCCCCUCCCUUCAGUGACUACAGACAGUACCAGUGAUUGUCUUCUCCUGGUUCCUGCUGCCCUUGAGCUGAGAUUCCAGCUGCUGGAGGACACAGCUGCACUUCUGUCUUGACCACCAAGCACAGCCAGGACCUUCAGCCCUCCUCAGUGUCAAGCUGUGCAGGAGAACUUUGAGGAGAUGAUCAAUCUAUUUAUUCCCCAUGGCUCCCAGUGCUGUAACCUUACCACCUGGCUGGGUGAAUACAGGAAGGGCUCAGGCAAGGGCCACAUGGAGUCUUUGUCAUCCUU